AUGGCGACCGAAAAGAAAACCACCGAGGUUACAACUGCAGAACCUACCCCUUCAGACUCACUUCAUUCAGAAGACAACACAGUUGUGGACAAUGCAGAUGGAAAACGUCCGCCGCCAUUGCUCGCUAAGCUGAUUGCCGUGUUUGUUAUCUCCUGCAUUAGUUUUGGGUCCCACUGGAGCAGUGGCGUUACAGGAGCAAUGAAAAGUACCUUGAAGAAGCAAAUGCACAUCACGAACACUCAAUUCUCGUUACUUGAGGCUAGUGAGAACUUUAUGGCUACCGUCCUUCUCCUGCCGGGCGGUAUUGUAACCGACAGAGUAGGAGGUGCUCGAAUGAUCGUUUAUGGCAAUAUCGUGUAUACUAUCGGUUCCAUACUAGUGGCUGCUGCGACCACAGUUCGAUCCUUCAACUUCAUGGUCGGCGGGCGGAUUAUCCUCUCCCUGGGUGACAUUGCUACCCAAACAGCCCAGUACAAGAUGUUCUCCUCCUGGUUUCCUCCAAGCAAUGGAUUCGCCUCAACCCUUGGUUUUGAACUGGCAAUUGGCAAGAUUGGAGGAUUUGUAGGAAAGUCAACAGCAAACAUCAUCGCCAAGAACACCGGUAAUUUCGCAUGGGUCUUUUGGACGUCCGUUUUCAUGAACCUUUUCACGAACGCAGCAACUUGCUUCUUCUGGCUGUUCAAUCGUUACUGCGAGAAACACUUCCGUGGUCGCGAAGACAAGGCAACCCAGGAAACCCUGACCGAAAAGAACAAGAAGUUUGAACUCCGCAAGAUGUUCCAGUUACCUUGGAUGUUCUGGGCUAUUCUCGCCUUCUCAAUGUUUCAGACUAGCACCGCCAGUGUCUUCAGUUCGAACGCCACAGAGUUGGCUCAGAAGAGAUUCAAUAUCGACGCAAUCACGGCGGGCUGGUACAGCUCUUUAGCCCAAUAUGCAGGUUUCUUCCUUGUACCCUGCUUGGGAGUUUUUAUUGACAUCCUCGGCCAUCGGGCUUCUGUUUUAUGUGUGUGCGGAUUAGGUAUCUUUAUCAGCAUGGUGCUGGUGAACUUCGCCGAGUCAAAACAAGGGACAGCCGCGGCAUUCGGUAUAUACGCAGUCGCGGUUUCUCUGGGUCCUACAUCGAUCAUCGACGGCAUCCGCACGACUCUCUGGCAUCAGUCAGUCUUUGGAUCUGCGUACGCACUAAAGGUCACCAUGAAUAACUCGAUGACGAUUAUUAUUGGCAUCAUUACGGGUGCGCUCCAAGAUGCUGAUAAUGAUUCCUACCGUCGAUCUGUGCGGGUCUAUCUUUUCCUGGCUAUCUGUUGCGCGAUUGUUUCGAUAAUCCUCUUGAUCGGCUCCUUGAUCGGCAGGGAUCUUGCUCCUCUGCAAUGGACUCGCAAGCGGCGCCUGGCCUGCGGAGCCGAGUACAUCGGCAAGCUUCGAGAACAUCAUCUGGUAACACAUUACCAACGUAACAUACCUGACAAGUUCACCGGGGUCACCUUGGUGCCAAUGCGUCUCCCGCCCGAGAUUAUUCAACUCAUUAUUGAGUCUAUCAUCUCUCCAGAUCCGCCGGUGGCCUAUCCCGACUUUUCAGGGGAAAUCGAUACUUUAGUCAACUUGACAUUAGUAUCGCGAUUCACUUGCCAGAUAGCAAGACGGCUUCUCAUUAAUCACUGUCUUCUGAUUGACGAUGAACUGUUAUUGGAGCACCUGCUCCAAUGUGAGCCACCAGAGCUAAUCAACCGAAGGCCCAACGAUACAGGGGCACAAGUACAGAAAAGUACUGCAGCUGGCCUUGUACUGGUUUUGGAUGAGCCCGAUAGGCCCUCGGUUGCGCGAGACAUUGAAACGCUCUCGUUUCACCUUUGUCACCGCUUAACCAGGCUCGUGAUUGAUUUACCCUUGCGCUUCUAUAACCCCUCAAUGCCCGAGCUAGAGGUGCGCCCUAUGCUACGCGAAGCGUUUAAGCGCUUGACACUGUUGGAGGAGUUUUGUUCAGCCGCAGACGACCUUUGCCUUGAUACGCAAAAGCUACCCUACAUUUGGGAGACUCCUUCCGACCAGCUGGAGGAGGCGGAUUAUGAACCAGCGGUGUGGUCACUAUGGCCUCGUUUGCGCCGUCUCGCCCUGUGCGAAGUUGAUGUUACGUCCAUGCAAUUCAUCGGGGGGCUCCGCCGAUGUUCGAAAUUGACACAUCUGGUCCUUGUUGCACCUUCUGGCUUGGAUCGCGAUGUUCGGUCUGGCUGGCAAUCCACUGACUUCUUGCCCUCACUCGAGCGGCUUCUGAUUGCAGAUUCAGCCGAUGAGUUCGAGAUGGUUAGUGGCAAGGAUCAUCUCGGGGAAGACACAGGCUUCGUACGACAACUUUUUCAGUGCUACAAGUCUCGAGUGUUGGAAAAACAGAAAUACUAUGUCAAAGACGAAGAAAGCGUCGAGUUCGACUCACUGGUCAAGAAAAUAGCCUUUCCCGUGCCAUCUUACCGUAAAGGAGAUGAUGAUAUCAUCUGCCACGGAUGGCUCCUCGAUGCCAGUAUAGACGGAACCAUUUGGACUGAACCAUACGGCAUCGGUAGUCGAUACAUGUUAGCACGCAAUACAUAUACGUGA